UCGUUCUACCAAUCCCAUUAAUUACGUCCCAUCUCGAAAUCUAAUAAGAAGAAGAAAUGCCUUAUCUCUAUCUCUUUCUUCAAUGCACCCUGAACUAUACUAGCAAUAUACUACUAUAUACCAACUAGUACCAAGCUCCCAUAUAGCUCCAAAAUCCCAUCUCAUCAUAUCUCUCUCUCUCUCUCUCUCUCUCUCUCUCUGUAUGUGUGUAAAGGAUCAAGAAAACCAAGAUGAGAUCCAAAACCCAGAACUACAUGUCGACCAACAUCAACCUCAAGCUCAUCCUCAUCUGCCUCGCCUUCCUCUUCCUCCUCUUCUUGAUCCUAAGAUCAAAUUACCAAUCUCCGGUACCCAUCAGCACCUCAUCAUCAAACAACUCAUCCACAAAUGACGACUCCCCACAAGAAGAACAAUCACAAAAAUCUUCCACAGAUUGCCCACCAAUUGAAAUCCCCACUACCGUUACGCCACCACUAACAUGCAACAAGAUCUCACCUUCCCUGGCAGAAGCCAUGGUCCACUACGCAACCUCGAACGUGACGCCGCAGCAGACGAAGAAGGAGGUCUCGGUCUCACUCAGGGUCCUCCAGAGGAAGUCUCCGUGCAACUUCUUGGUCUUCGGGCUGGGACUCGACAGCCUCAUGUGGACUGCGCUCAACCACGGCGGCCGCACCGUAUUUCUCGAGGAAGACAAGUCGUGGAUCGAUCAGAUUACGAAGCAGCUGCCCAGUUUGGAGUCUUACCAUGUGGCUUAUAAUACCAAGGUAACUGAAGCAGAUGAACUGAUGGAGGUUGGAAAGAGGGAGGAUUGCAAGGCUGUGGUGGAUCCUAGGGAAUCAAGGUGUGAGCUAGCCCUGAAAGGGUUUCCGAGCGAGGUGUACGACAUCGAUUGGGACUUGAUCAUGGUCGAUGCACCGACAGGGUACCACGAUGGGGCUCCUGGGAGGAUGAGUGCCAUCUACACUGCUGGACUCAUGGCUAGGAACAGAGAGGAGGGCGAGACCGACGUGUUUGUUCAUGAUGUGGACAGGGUUGUGGAGGAUAGGUUCUCCAAGGCUUUCUUGUGUGAAGGCUACUUGAUAGAGCAGGAAGGGAGGAUCAGGCACUUCACCAUUCCCAGUCAUAGGGCUCGCUCUGGCAGACCCUUUUGCCCCUAGGCUCUCUCUCUCUCUCUCUUCAAAUAUUGUGAGAAAUUACACUACUUUAUAUCUAGGGGGAGGAGAAGGAGACAUGGGGUAUAAAUCACCGUUUGCAACACUAUCUCUGUCUAUAACGAGAUUUGAACCCAAUGCUUCCAAGUUGGGAGGGAACCCAAUGCUUCUAAGUUGGGAGGGUCAAAGAAAUACGAAGUGCAUCUGGGCUAGAGCUCAUUCUCUCUCCCUCCCUCCGCAUGCGGAGAUAUUUUUUUUGUACUUUUAUUUUUUUAAUCAAUUACUACUUUCUCUUUUUGUUAAAAAAAGUUUGCUUUUUUUCUCUUUCUCCGAUGAUAUGAAAGGGGUUUACCAACAUAGGACUAUAGGAGGGUUGUAAUAGUACCCCUUUAACUUAA